AGCAGGAGAGAGGGCAGAGAGGAAUCAAAGGAAGACAGACGGAAGAGACAGGAAGCGGAGAGACGAAGAGAAAGGAAAACGAGCGAAGGGGACGAUGAGCAGAGCACGGAGCAUGACGAGGAGACAGAAAAAGAGAGAGAGAGAGAGAGAGAGAGAGAAAGCAAGAGAGAGCGAAAGAGAGAGAGAGAGAGAGGAGCGAGAGAGAAAGCCAAGCGAGAGAAAGAGAGAGAGAGAGAAGCAAAGAGAGGGAGGAGGGUAAAGGGACAAGCUAACGAAGAUAAGGAGAUAGAGAGAGAGAGAGAGAGAGAGGAGAGAGAGACGAGGAGAAGAGGACACCAAAAUUUCGGAGAGAAGAAGCAGAGAGAGC